GCUGAACAGCUGCUGCAUCCAGCAGACGCCUGGUACAGCAGUGGGAAAAAAAUCCAGAUGAGAAGGAUCGGCUUUCUGGGUUCUCCUCACAGCACUGAUUGACCUUACUGUUCCAGCAUUUAUACACACUGAAGUUCAUAUAACCAAAUGCUGGUCAGACUUUGACUGUAGGUUAACUGCAGAGGACCAACAUCAUGACUCCAGCUUUCUUCUUCUCCCUCUUCCUGUCAAUGAUGGCCGUUUCUCUGGGCGCUGCUGUCAUCAAAGAUCCAAGUGAUGAGUUUUUGGGUGCCUCAGCGAUCAUUGAAAAAGUCAACAAUGACAUAUCAAAAGGCCUGGUUCAUGGUGACAUUGCACCCACUUUAACCAAGAAUGCAGAUCCAUGCACAGCCACUGGCUGCAAGUGGCCCAAAAGUGGAAGCCACGUCAUUGUACCUGUCUCCAUCUCCUCUGUAUAUUCCACCCAGGAGCGCAACAUCAUCAUCAAUGCCCUGCUCACCUUCCACGAGUCCACCUGCAUUCGCUUCGUCUGGAGGACAGACCAAGUCAAUUUCCUUUACUUCUUCUCUGGAGAAGGGUGUUAUUCGUACGUGGGCCGUCAGAGCCGAGGACAGGGAAUCUCCCUCCAGAGAAACGGUUGCUUGUUCCAGUCAACGGUGCAACACGAGGUUCUUCAUGCUCUAGGCUUCCACCACGAGCAGGUUCGCUCGGACAGGGACCAGUAUGUGAAGAUCCUCACCGAGAACAUCAUCCCCGGACAAGAGAGCAACUUUGAGAAAGUGCUUACCAACAAUUUGCAGACUCCCUAUGACUUCAACUCUGUCAUGCAUUAUGGCAGAUACUCCUUCUCCAGGAAUGGGCAGCCAACGAUUGUUGCCAGGUCCAAUCCUAAUCUUGACUUCGGAAAUGCUUUUCAGAUGAGUGCCAAUGACAUUGCUCGUAUAAACAGGCUUUAUGGAUGCUAACUUUGGGAUGACACUUCAACUCAGUUCUCAAAACAUCAGGAUUACAAGAAGGAGCAGAUCGUCGAUGCUGCAAAAAUAUGAAAGAAACAGGAAAUGUGCUGCAAAGUUUUGCAUAUGUCACAUUUGAAAUAUCAAUAUCUGAGUCUUUGUGUUAGAGAAUAGGCUUAUAUGCCAAAGGGGCCAUUAUGUUCCUCAUCUUUGUUAGUCAACUAUGACUACCUGAUUUCUUUUUCUAUAUAAUGUCAUAAUAAUUCAGAUUCUAAUUGUAAAUGAUGCAGACAAAGCGCCAAGCCUUGUGACCACCACCCCCUUCAAACAAUAAUCCUGGAAUCAUCAUGAUUGUUGUCUCACUCUGUUCUUAAGAAAUAUGUGUCGAUACAGUCAAAUGUCAGCAGUACAAGAAGAACUUGAAUCUUUUAUUCUGAAGUAAAGGGAGCAGUUUAUGGUCGUAAAGAGUCCUGGACUGAAACUGAAGUAAAAGUAAUAUUAGCAUGACAUGUCUAACAUUAGCCAUGUUGAAAUCACCAAGUCAAACUAAGGAAUAUUUAAUCCCAGCAUACCUAACUUUGGCAGCGUCCUCUCAUUUUUUGUUUUCAUGCCGUCUUUUUCUUCAGGUUGCUCGUCUCUUUCUGUGAUAAAAGUUGAAUCGAAUAAAAUUCCAUAU